UCUCGAUGGAGAUCCGAGCAUACUCCUCAGGCACACUCCUCAAGGAAACACGGCCCUCCAUGUUGCCACUAGAUCUGGACAAAGAUCUGUUUUCGCGGAGAUCUAUAACCGAUGCAAGUCCCUUCUCAUGCAGCCGAAUUCCGAGGGAGACAGUCCACUGCAUGUAGCUUCAAGGGUUGGCCAUCUUUCUGUUGUGAAGUUUCUAGUCACAGAGAUCACAUCCACCUCUCCGUUUAAGCUAGACAUUGAAAGCGGCUGCGACCACAGGUUCGAGAUGCUAAGAUGAGGAAAUAAAAGGAACAAUGCAGUCCUGCACGAGGCGAUCAAAAAGGGUCACUCACAAGUAGUUAGGUUAUUAAUAAAGGCUGAUUCUCACCUUGUACUUUACGAAAAUUGUGCGGGAGAAUCCCCAUUGUACGACGCUGCUAGAGGGGGCAUGACAGAGAUUGUAGAUUGGAUCUUGACAUCAUGCCCUUUAUCUGCUUACGGCGGAUUAGAUGGCCAGACAGCUUUGCACGCUGCUGUGAGCACGAGACAUUCUGGUAACUCUCUAUUUCUUGACUUGCAAGAUAUCAUGCUCUAAAGUAUUAACAAAGAUGCUAAGUCCCGUACCGAGUUCAACUAUCAUGUAAUCUGAUGUAGCAAUAGAGUCCAGUACCUGCUGAUGGAAAAUUUGGCAUAUACUUGUACGAAUCUUUUCAACUUCCAUUAGGUAUUGCUCAGUCCCAAUACUUGCUAGUUCUGUGUGUUUUAAAGAAUAUUUUGUUCAUGCAUCACAGGUACAGUGAACACCCUCCUAAGAGCAAAACCAGAGCUGAUCAAAGAAGCUGACCACCAUGGCAGGACACCUCUUUACUAUGCAGCUUUUUCUGGAUGCCACAAAUUGGUCCAGCAAUUACUGGACCUCGACAUCUUGAGUGCACAUUUAGUGGACAGAGAUGGUCUUUCGUCACUUCAUGCAGCAGCAAGCAAUGGUCAUGCCAAGUUAUAAAAGAGAUUAUUCGGCAAUGCCCAGAUGCUGGAGAAUUGGUGGACCUAAAGGGGCAAAACAUUCUUCAUGUUGCAGUCUUAAGCGGGAAAGCAAACGUUGUCAGAUGCAUAUUGGAAACUAUCGCGCUCGAGGGCUUAAUAAAUCAGCCUGAUCACAACGGCAAUAGUCCUUUCCAUCUAACUACCAUGGAAAGGAGAAGUUGGAUCGCGGCUUACCUAUUGUGGGAUGCGAGAGUUGAUCAAACAGCCCGGAACAAAAAAGGUGAAACUGCCUUUGACAUAGAUGAGCCAACCAAGGAACCACGCGUAAUUCCCUCGGUCUCGAUGCUGAAUUGUCGACAACUACGCCUCCCACAUCUUUGGAAUCUCCGAGGAGGAUUUCUCCCCUGUACAAAUGAAGAAAAAGCUGGUGUCUUGAAGUCAAAACAAACUUACAAGCAAAUUGUCGGACCUUAUUGAUAGUCGCAACACUCAUCACAACCGUGACGUUCACAGCGGCUUUCACAAUGCCCAGCGGUUAUAACAACAACACCGGCCCAGGCCAAGGAGUAGCCUUUCUCCGGUCAAGUGGUUAUCUCAAGUAGUUCAUCAUCUUCGACACUGUCGCGAUGACCUACUAUAUAACGGCCUCUUCCGUCAUAGUCUGGGGUGCUGCUUUCGGCAAGAGACAUUAUGUGCAUUUCUACGUGAUUGCGGCUGUGCUGACAUUCAUCGCGCUGCAGUCAACUGCUAUA